AUGGCUUCCGUACGGACGUUUACCCUCCCCCACUACCCAGACUAUCCCAUCCACAUAGCUCUCUUCAAAGAUGUGAGCAAUGCGGAAUACCUGCGGAGUAAGCUUCUGGAAGCCGACUCGGCGUUCGACUACGCAUUCCUCGACGCAACGACGGUAAGUCUCUUCGACCAUGAUCACAUUAUCUCCCCGACACAACUCCUCUCUGCAGCGUUCCUCGCUCUUCAUCUCCAUCUGACUUCACGGUCGAAGUCCCGGACGCCGCACAGCGAGUUGGUCUUCCGCCUACACCCUAACAACAAUAUUGGCGAAUCCUACCGCAAAUUCGGUAUCGCCGAUUCCACCACCAGUCUGAUAGCAGUAAAGCUUGGCCUUGCACCGGAGAUCACUAAUGAGAGCGUGGCCAAGCAUCUAGGGGAGCACGUCAAGGGCGAAAGUGUUCCUCUCGGGGAGGAGGGGCAGGAAUUGGGCCAGUGGGCUGAUGAGGCUAAACUGAGGAAAAUUUACAAACUCGAGCCUGCUGGAGGGGGGAAGCCGAAGAAGGGAGCUGUUAACGGAGAUGGAGCGGCACUUGACCCGAGGAAAGAGAUGGAGGCUGUUAUAUUGGGACUGAUGACGAUAAAGGGCUCAUAA